CUUACAUUCUUUAAGGUGGUGGUCUCUGUGAUCCUGCCCCAUGACCAACUAGAACAUGCAAUCAAGUUGCUGAAGCAUCACAUGCAGAGUGCAUAUGGAAGGAAACCUCUUGAUGCCCUUACCCCUGAAGAGGUUCUAAGUUUGUUUGAGAAUUCCCAUACUGCAGAGGAGCUGCUUCCAAAGGGGCUUCUUAUUCAAGGCUGGCUUCCUCUUUCUACCCACAAAUCCAACCUAGAGUUAUUGAUACAAAGGGGAGUUGUCUGGUUCCAUUCUGAACACUGUGAAGAGACAAGUGACUGUGAGAGCAACACUAAAUCCAGAGAUACCAGUGGUACCAUUUUCCCUUCCUCUGGGUUCCUUAGCCUGGGCACCCCACCCUACUCUGUGCCUCUAGGAGAUGGUAUGUACCGGUUUGACAUUGAUCUGUUUGGAACUGAUCCUAUCUCUGCAAAAACUCAUGUCCUACAGCAGCUGAUAAAAGGAGUGCAAUUGCUUCCUCCAGGGCUAACCCCAGUUCCUCAAUGGAAGGAGCAAAUUGUCCUAGAGCAGAAUCUCAAAAGACACUAAACACUACCGUCUCAGUUUACCAGCACGGAAGCAUUCCUUGCUCCAACUAAAACUGUUCGCCUAACCCACAUAUUACUGAUUUCACUAAAGUAAUUGAAUUGUGAAUAAAAAACGAGAAUUAUUUUUCAUCUGGAUUUGUAUCACCACUUUUUUUGGUCUUUUACAAAAGUUGCUAGAGAGACAAUAUAGACCAGUGGUUCUUGGGCUUUUCCAGUUCAAACCCAUCUCAAAGCUUCAACCUUUGUGGUCAAGACCCCUCAACCUAAUAACAGGGUUGCAGAUCUAAAAGACAUUGGUUAUUCUAACAUAAUUCUAAAAUUAUCUAGGACAUCAAAAGUUUUCACCUCAUAUCUCAUGAUUGUGUCACCACUUUGGGCUUUUUCAGUUCAAACCCAUCUGAGGGCUUCAACCUUUGUGGCCUUCUAACCUAAUAACAGGGUUAUAGAGCUGAAAGCGUCAGGAACGUGGCCCGGAGCCCCGGGCGGUGCACCCUUCUCCACCGGCUUCCUCCUUGGUCCUGACUCUCCUGCUGGGAGCUGAUAGGCCCCCUGACAGAAAGACAUUGGUUGUUCAGUCUGCUACCAAGAACAUCUAGGACACCAAAUACAAAUUUACCCAAAAUCUCAUCCUAAUUUACCUUCAUGGGCUCAUAGGUGUAGCUAGCACAACAAAAGACCACAGAAAACUCAUCUGACUAGGACAAAUCCAGAUCGCUUACUCUUAAUUAGAGUUUAGAGAGGAUCUAUAGGAUGUACAGAAAUGAAACUAUCACACUUUUCAGCCUCCCACAUUUCAGCCACCUAAGUUUGCUUUGCGGCUAAUCAUAGCUAUAAUAAUAAACCUAACUAGCAUUUCAUUAACAGAGUGUGCUUUAAAGUUGAACUAUCAUAAAAUUAAGUUUUUACUAUGCAAAUAAUGAAGCCAUUAAAGAAUUGAGGUAUGAUCUACUAAAAUCUGAAUCCUUAUAUUUUAUGGUUAACAAACUGGUUGCUGGAGUAAAACUGAGCAGCUUUAGUUAAUAAAUACCAAUGUGUCUUGUGUUAUAUUUUUCUUGUAUUCUUCAAGGAUUUGAUCAGUGGGCAAAUUUGUACCUGGGCAGUUCCACGCAGCAACCAGUCAGUGAUCAGGUUAUUUUCAUCCACCAGCAGUAAGAAUAAACAAAUGCAAUAAUUCAAUGUCACUCGUUACUGCACAAAUUCCCCCCCUGUCACUAAAUGAGCAGCAUGAGUCAUGUCACACCAGUGACAUCACAAAGAACCAUUUCAAAGGAUAUUUUCAGCCUCUUCCUGGCUUUUGAGUUUUAUAUGUAUAUAAAUUAUAUUUGAUUAUAUGUUUGAGAAGUGAAAGUGACUGGCAGUUGCAGAUCUAUUAUGAUGGCGCCU